AUGGAAGAGCCGUCAGACCAAGCUCCCUCACCCUCAACCCUGGCGCUCUCGCAGACUAGAGGGUAUCAACAAGAGAUGCUGGAUGCCAGUCUCAAAGGCAAUAUCAUCAUAGCGCAGGACACUGGGUCAGGAAAGACUCGCAUCGCUAUCCUCAGAAUGAAGAUCGAGGCUGAAUGUGAGCCAAAUAAAGUCUCGUGGUUUCUUGCACCUACAGUUGCUCUAUGUCAGCAACAGGCUGAUGUUAUUAAACUGGAUUUACCUGUUUCGGUUGGCAUGAUAUCAGGUGCUUGUGAACCCAUUCAGUGGAAGGAAUCCGCCCUUUGGAGAGGCGUUCUGCAAAGACACCGUAUACUUGUCACGACGCCACAGGUACUUUUGGAUGCGCUUCGGCAUGGAUAUAUUAACCUUGGUCGGGAUAUCGGUCUCCUAAUCUUUGACGAAGCACAUCAUGCCACGGAUAACCACCCUUACAACUGCAUCAUGAAAGAGUUUUACUUCAAAUUGCCUGUACGUCAAUCAGAUCUUGACGAUGCAAUAUCUCGUGGCGUUCAGCGUAAGUUCAGAAACGAGCGCCCUAUGGUUUUGGGCUUGACAGCGAGUCCUAUUUUUGGAGGCGAUCCGCAACACGCGUUUCGAGUACUUGAAUCAAACCUCGAUGGUAUAAUCCGAAGUCCUCAACAAAAUCGACAGGAGCUGGCAAAGUUUGUUCACAGGCCCAUUUUUCGGCAUGUUCUCUACAACGCACCUGCAUCCGAUAUUCAGUUUAUGUCAUGCAACCUCAUGGGGUUGAAUCAAGUUAUCAGUGGCAUGAAUAUCGAAGAGGAUCCUUAUAUUUCCUCGUUGCGUGAACAGCUCGCAAAGUCAGCCCCUGGUCCAGAGCGGAUCCGCAUCGAUCAAAAACUUUCAAAAACACUACAAAGUAAAAGCUCUUAUACUCACAAAGGGCUCCGUGACCUUGCAACUACCGCUCAAGACAUCUGUUAUGACGUUGGCCCAUGGGCAGCUGACUGGUACAUUGCGAAAGUCAUUGAAAAAGCGCUGGACAACGAAACACCCUUUGACAAUAUUAUAAGCGUUUGGCAGGAUAAAGAGAAGAGGUACUUACUGGAUCAUCUUCGCCAGGUUGUGGUCAUGCCUACCUCAUACGACGCCGAGGAUGUCACGGCCGACGCAUCCGAAAAAGUUAAGGUUCUCGUACAAAGCCUGCUGGACGAGAAGGCUUGGGCAGAGUCCCAUAACGAGCCUUACAGCGGUAUAGUCUUUGUAACCCGCCGCGAUGUUGUUCUCGCUCUCACUGAGGUAUUAGCCCAUCAUCCUGAAACCUCCCAGCGUUUUAGAGUAGGCUGUCUCCUGGGAAGUUCGGACAGUGCUUAUAGACGAUCGUUCCUUGAUAUCACCCGCACGCUAUUGAAACAAUCACAAGCCAAUACUCUCCUUGAUUUCAGAUCAGGUGACAUUAAUCUGAUCAUUGCUACUGCCGUCGCAGAGGAGGGCCUCGAUAUCCAGGCGUGUGGCAAUGUCAUUCGCUGGGAUGCCCCUAACAAUAUGGCCAGCUGGGCGCAAAGUAGAGGCCGAGCACGCAGGGAAAGAAGUUCUUUCGUCCUCAUGUUCCAAGCCGGAAGUGACGACAAGCAACAGGUUAUGAAAUGGGAACAACUAGAAAAACAGAUGAUGGACCUAUAUAGCAAUGAUCAAAGGGACACAGGAAACACGCAUGAUGAGAACGACGAAAGUACUUUAGACGAUCAUGGUGAUUUAGAAUUCCAAGUUGAAUCCACAGGAGCUUUACUAAGCCUACAGUCUGCCGUUUCUCAUCUGAAUCAUUUCUGUUCUAUCCUCCCAAAUAGCUAUCGUGUUUCACACUUACCUAUAUACGACAUAGAUCCGCCUGAUAUGCCAGAAGGAUGGCACUCGUUUGAGCACAAAUCAAACGUACCGCCUUAUCCAGGACCAUUCGGAUGCACGGUUACGUUGCCCAGAUUGCUUCCUUCCGAACUUCGUGUGUUUUCUGUCAAGCGAGAAUACCCAUCUAAACAAUCCGCGAUCCAGCAUGUUGCCUUCAAUGCAUAUCUGGCCCUUUACAAUGCUAAAUUACUCAACGACAACCUUCUUCCGUUAACCAGCGUAAUUGAAGAGAAUCUAGAGGAAGAAGUAAAAGCUUUGCUCCGGGACGUGGAAAAAAGAUCGGGUACCGCUACAGUCCGAGGUCAACUGGAUCCAUGGAUUCCUACCAAAAUAAACAAUAAGUGGUGGUCCACAGAAUUGGUUGUGGAUGGGCUGCCGUCGUUACGCAUGUUAACGCUGGUCAAACCUACAAUAUCCGCCGAACAAGAGAUGCCUACAUUAUACCAUCCCCUGAGGGGAGAAAUGAAAGUUAGGUUACGUCAUCUUGGCAUCGCUAAUCUGUCCCCAGGCGACUUGCAAAGUGCGCAAUGCUAUACUCGACGAAUCUUUUGGGGUCUAUCUGCUGCUCGGAUGACAUGGGACAAAUUAGACUUUGCCUAUAACUUUCAGUGCAUGCACGAUGAAAACGGUUCAAAGUGGGCUGAACGCCGAACAUGGUUGGAGAAACGGCAUGAUAAGUCGAGCGGCGAUUCUGUUGACUUCACUAUGGCACAUGCCGUGCCCUUCGGCGAAGCAUUUUCUUUCCCCAACGACAUCACUUGGGUUCGCGAUAGUGGUGAUUUUUCAGCCAGGAUCUAUCGAUUUCUCUCAUGGAAACAUGACCCCCUAUCUCCAGAAGAAGAAGAAUUUCUGCGAUUGAAAUAUGCUCGUUUUACAGAUGUGCAGAUUACUCUGCCUGUAAUAGUCGCGGAACCACUCCCUCGCAGAGCGAAUUUCUUACUCACCCGCGGCUUGUCGAGCUCUGCGCCGGCUGAAAAAACUGUGCUCCUUCUUCCGCGUUAUACCAGGGUCGUUCUCCUCUCUCCAGCAGAGACUGAAUAUGCCCAGAUUUUGCCAUCAAUUAUCCGCCAUCUGUCAGUAAUGACAACGGUGAUUUCACUGCGAGAUACCUUAUUUACCGGCACUCCUCUUUCGAAAAUUCCAUUACCCCUUCUAACUACCGCUCUUACGGCACCCGUAUCACAGGGGCUUAUCAAUUACGAGCGCUUGGAAACGCUCGGAGAUGGAGUUUUGAAGUUCAUAGUCAGUAUACACCUCAUGGCUGCUUUCCCACACUGGCAUGAAGGUUAUCUCACCAGGCGAAAGGAUCAUGGCGUCUCGAAUGCACAACUGGCCAAGAAUGCCGUUUUGAAAAAGUUGUACCGGUGGAUCAUCCGUGAUCGGUUCACCCCAAGAAAGUGGACACCACGAUAUUGUACGCCACCCCAAAAUGAGGACCAAAUCAAAGAAGAAGUUGAAGUUGAAGGUUCCGACUCGCGUAAAAGUCGAGCGGUUAUCGAAGAGUUAUCCACAAAAAUGCUGGCUGAUGUGGUCGAAUCUCUCAUAGGAGCGGCAUAUGAACACGGAGGGUUUGACCUUGGUAUCGAAUGUGCCAAGUUUUUUGGGCUGGGCCUCGAGUGGUGGGGGCUUGCUAAGUGUGUAGAGACGGCUCUGUCAGUAGUCGAAACCACAGAUGACUUUCCGGCGCAGGUCACAGACGUAGAGCUUAUGCUUGGGUAUAACUUUACCCGCAAACUCCUGCUCAUCGAGGCUUUAACUCACGCGAGCCAUCAGUUCGACACUAGAACUGUAUCUUACGAGCGGAUGGAAUUCCUCGGUGAUUCUAUACUCGACAUGAUCAUCACGGAUUAUCUGUAUCAUGUUCCAGGGAAAGGGUACAGUCCAGGCCAUAUGCAUAUGCGCAAAUCUUCCGUUGUUAAUACUCAUUUCCUGGCAUUUAUCUGUCUGCGGAACUCGCUCAAGGUUGACACCAGUAUGCCCGGACCGAACCAUGAAGGCCGAAUCACCUUGAAUACGCAAAGUCAAGAAAUAUAUCUUUGGCAGUGCCUGCUCCACUCUAGCCAUACCAUCCUUGAGGAUCAGAAAACGACGUUCUCGCGUUACAACAAGGUUAAAGCUCAGAUCGAGGAUGCAUUACAGAACGAUUCAAUAUUUCCCUGGGCGGCUUUGACAAAACUUCAGGCUCCCAAAUUUUUCAGUGAUAUGAUAGAGAGUCUUAUUGGAGCAGCUUAUCUUGACUCUGGUGGCAAUAUCAAUGUCGUACGGGAAAUCCUCAGAAAACUUGGUAUUUUACCGACCCUAGAACGCAUCGUUCGAGAUGAUGUUGACGUUCUUCACCCUGUUUCGCGAGUCUCCUUAUGGACGCAGCGCGAGUACAAGACGAUCGAGUACAUCUUCAACGAGGAAGGGGGAGGUGUCACUUGUUCCAUACUUAUAGAUGGCAAGGAAGCGGUUCGAGCUCAUAAUGAGCGCAGAGGUCAUGCAGGUCAGGAGGAGGCAAAAUACGAGGCUGCAGAAAAAGCGAUCAAAUUCUGGCAUCUCCAUGAUGAGUUUAAGGAUUAUUGA